UUUUAAAAAUUUACAAAUGGGAAAUACGACCCCUGGAGGUAUAAUAGAAGAACCUCAACGCCGUUUCCCUCGCCGGGAGGAAUCUUUUGGCUCUAAAUCUCCAUCAUCUACUUCCAGAAUUACAAUUAAAAAUGGAAAUAAUAACCAAAGAAUUAAUCAAAAUUAUCGAUAUAGCCAUCAAAGUCAAAAUAGUCAAAGAAGUCAUAGUUUGGAAUAUAGUGCCGCCCAUUCCCCUUCAAGUUCAAGAAGUUCAAGUAGCAAUACAAACACAACAAAUACAACAAAUUCUUUUAUUAAUUCAAUAAAUUCUUUAAAUAAUACAAAUAAUUGUUUACGUCAAAAUACCGAGCCAAUGUUUGCAAUUAACGGAGAUUUAAAUCCCCACCAAAUUGGAUUAAUUAAAAGAGCUUGGAAAAAUUUAUUAAAAUCUGUUGGGGAGGAUGAAAAUGAAAUUGCUGUAAAAUUAUUGUUGAGAAUAUUUCAAUUAGAUUCUCGAAAUUUGGAUUAUUUUUCUUUAAAUGAAUUUUGUAGUAGUAAUCCUUUUGAUGAAUAUUUAAUUAGAGAAAAUAAUGUUUUUAUUUGUCAUGUUAAAACAUUUGAAUCAACAUUAAUUAAUAUAAUGACACAUCCUGGCAAUGCUACUAAAUUAUCUAAACAUUUACAACAACUUGGGGGUAGACACGUUAAUUAUACUGAUAAUCUCUCAUCCCCCUCCUCCCCCUUCUCUCCUCAACAACGUUCAAUUCCUUUCUUCAGUCCAUUUACUCCAUUUUUAACUCAACAAUCCCUUCCUGGCCCUCAAUUUGGACGUCCAUCUCAACCAGCACCCCAACCCCAACAACAAUCAGAACAUCAACAAAAACAUUAUCGUCACCACCAUUCUCUUCCACAAAUUAGUGAAGAAGAAAAAAUAAACGAAACAUUUCCAAAACCAGAAGAAUUUUUAAAUAAUAAAAGAGGAGGAAUUUUAAAUAAAACAAAUGAAAAAGAAAAUAUUGAAAAUGAAGAACGAGAUCAACAAUCAAAAGAAAUGAAACAUUUACAAAAAUGGCAAUGGAAAAAUGAAGAAGAAGAAGGAAAUAGUCAAAAACAAUUAAAUAAAAUCCCUCCUUCCUCAUCAUUUCAUCAAUUAAAAAGUUCUGAAGAAAAUAAAAAUGAAAGAAAAGAAUUUGGAAAUAAACAAAAAUUUAAUUUAAAAAGUAAAAGUAAUGAAAUAAUACAAGGCCGAAGAAUGGAAAAUGAAAGAGAAUCACAAGAAUUGUCAAAAAAUCAACAAAAAUUAAACUUUCAGAAUAAACAACGUAAAAUAAAAGAAUAUUCAACAGAAUCAAACGAGAAUAUUAAAUAUCCAAAUUCUGAAAGUCGCGAACGCUGGACACCUAAACAUAAUAGACCAAAAUUUGUAGCUCCUACUUCUUCCUCAUCAAAUAGCAGAGAAGAAAAUCGACAAAAUAAAUAUUCUUCAAAUGAACAAAAUAAUCGAAGAGGCCCCCCUCCACCUCCUCCCCCUCAACCACCAAAAUCCCCUCCUUUAAUAUUUUCUAAUAAUCAACAAAAGAAUUUUCAUCCAACAGAUUUUUUCCCUGAACAUAUUCGAAAUGGAUUUCCUCCUUUCCCUGAACCAUUUGAAAAUAAUUAUAGACAAAGAAAUGAAUAA